GCCGCCGGCGGCGACCAAUCCGGGAGGGCGUCCGGGGAGGGGCGGAGCUUACCGGCUCGGGCGCCGCGAGUCCUCCUUUUUGCACACACACGAAUACAAAGAGCCAUACGACCUUCGGAAUCUUGUGGGUCCUUUUGAGUCCCUGCUCUGUUCCUUAGGUCGGAGUGGUGGCGGGUUCCAUGCUUGGGUGCAGGAAGAAUGCCUUCUACUCCAUGAAACUCUGUUCAUCAGGAAGGCCUGUGUAGGCACCACACUUUUGGCCACGGGUGAGUGGGACACCCAGCGAGUUGUGCUAGGAGAGCACAGGAUCUGCAGGUAGAAGAAGGCAUCUCUCCUCCCCAGGCCGAGGACAGGUAGCCAUGGACUGUGUGCUCCCUCACGGCUUGCCUGCUCCUCCUUCACAGAAUCCACCGCCUGGUGCCCAGGCUCCUCUGGUCACCCUCCAUGACAAAGGAAAGUGAAUGCAAAGAGGCCAGAGCUUCCUACCAACUGGAGUCCAGUGACUGGGGACGCCUUUUGGAGCAGUCCGGCAGUGUGACCGAAGUUGUUCCCGCUGCGGUCAACCAUGUCCUUCAGUGCCACCAUUCUCUUCUCCCCUCCUGGUGGCAGUGAGGCCAGAUGUUGCUGCUGCGCCUGUAAGAGCGAGACUAGUGGGGGCAGCACAAGCUCUCAGGGCGGGAACCCUCCUCCCAGCACCCCUAUCACAGUGACCGGACAUGGCCUGGCGGUUCAGAGUUCAGAGCAGCUCCUUCAUAUUAUCUACCAGCGCGUGGAGAAGGCAGUGGGCCUGGCUGAGGCUGCUCUGGGGCUCGCCAGGGCCAACAACGAAUUACUAAAAUGUCUCCAGGAGGAGGUGGGUGAGCUGAGGCAGGGGAAAGCCUCCGCCCCUGAGGAAGAUGGGGACGGCAGGGCCCAGGGCUCCCCACCUGAGGAGGCUGGGCCUCUCAAAGAGAGCCCCGGGGAAGCCUGCAAGGCCGCAUCUGCCGCAGAGGAGGAGUGUGACAGCGUGGGCAGCGGCAUGCAGGUGGUGAUUGAGGAGCUGUGGCAGGUGGGAGCCGCGUCGGCUGUGGGUCCCGGGCCUUUGGGCUUCCCGGCCGGCCAGAGAGACACGCGGCUCCCCGGAUGCACCCUGGCUGCCAGCGAGGCGGCCCCGAUGCUCAAUCCCCUGGUGGAUGAUUAUGUGGCCUCUGAGGGUGCAGUACAGCGGGUGCUGGUCCCUGCUUAUGCCAAGCAACUCUCACCAGCCACACAACUGGCUAUCCAGCGGGCAACCUCAGAGACAGGGCCAGAAAAUGGAACCAAGCUGCCACCGCCCCGCCCUGAGGACAUGCUCAGUGCUGCAGCUGCGCUGGACGGUGCCUUGGAAGAGUCAGGCCCUGGGGGAACAGGGGAGCUGAGACACUCUCUAGGGUUUACUGCUUCCCCAUGCAGGACCAGAGGGAGUGGGCAGAAGAACUCCAGGCGCAAGCGGGAUCUGGUACUCUCCAAAUUGGUCCACAAUGUGCAUAACCACAUCACCAACGACAAGAGAUUCAAUGGGUCUGAAAGCAUCAAGUCCUCUUGGAAUAUUUCAGUAGUGAAGUUCCUUCUGGAAAAGCUCAAGCAGGAGCUGGUGACCAGUCCCCACAAUUACACUGAUAAGGAGCUGAAAGGAGCCUGUGUAGCCUACUUCCUUACUAAGAGGCGUGAGUAUCGCAAUUCCCUGAACCCCUUUAAAGGCCUGAAGGAAAAAGAGGAGAAGAAGCUUCGAAGUCGCAGAUACCGGCUUUUUGCCAACCGAUCCAGCAUCAUGAGGCAUUUUGGACCUGAGGACCAACGCCUAUGGAAGGAUGUGACGGAAGAGCUGAUGUCAGACGAAGAGGACAGUCUUAAUGAGCCAGGUGUCUGGGUGGCCCGGCCUCCCCGUUUCCGGGCCCAGCGCCUCACGGAACUCUGCUACCACCUGGAUGCCAACUCUAAGCAUGGCACAAAAGCCAACCGUGUGUAUGGACCUCCCUCAGACCGAUUACCUUCUGCUGAGGCCCAGCUCCUUCCACCAGAACUUUAUAAUCCUAAUUUCCAAGAAGAGGAAGAUGAGGGAGGUGAUGAGAAUGGACCUGUCUCCCCAUCUUUUGACCAACCCCACAAAACCUGUUGUCCUGACUUGAACUCCUUCAUUGAAAUCAAAGUGGAAAAGGAUGAAUGAAAUCUAUAACCAAGAAUAACUCUGGCUUCUGCCACUCCCCAUGUCCCAGAAAUGGAUGGCCACGGGGCUUCCCAGAAUAACAAGAUGUCCUCUGCAGUCUGAGAAAGCAAAUCUGUCUCUCUUCUUAACACAGUCCCCAAUGGAAGUGGAAGCCAGCAGCUGUGCUGGGAUAAAGACUUAUCUAGAAGGGGGAAACCUCCCCCCACUGUGAUUGGCAAGCCAGAAAAUGCUUAUUUCUAAGCAUAAAUAGUGCCUCGAGGAGCCUGAGCUGAAAAAAAGGAGAAGGAUGGGUCUAAGAAACAUGAGGCCUUCUUGACAUCUGCCCCAGUCUCUGAGUUGGUUUUUUUUCUGGUUUCACUCAAAGCUCUGGGGAAGCAGCCCUGGUUGUACCUUCUGCUUCCCCAUGACUGCUGGUCUGGCUCUGCAGUGGAAGCCGCACAGAACCAGUCCAGGAUAAUACUGCCACCUGGUGGGCAGUCUCAGCCAUGGGCUUGAUGCUUCUGAGCAGAACACGGCUGUGUCUCUAUUUGGGAAUUGGGAUACAGAUAUAAUAGCUAUUGUUUAUUGAAUUAUGUAAGGCAGAUUUUAUUAUUCCCAUCUUACACAUGAAGAAAUUAAAGCUUAAAGAGUUCCCAUGU